CUCCCGCCUUCGCCCGCUUCCGGUAGUCAUCGUUGCCGCUGCUGCCGCUGCUGCUCCUGCUGCUGCUGAGGCUGCAGGCGGAGGCCGGAGGACCGGGCGGCGGCGGCGGCGGCAGCGGCGGGAGCGGUAUCGCAGCGGGACGACCCAGCGAGGGCGGGCGAGCCGAGAGCCUCGCGUGAGGAGCCAGAGCCGCCCGGGCCCCGCCGCCGCCGCCGCCCCCGCCGCCGCUGCACAAAGCCUUGAGCCCGCGCCGGAGCCAUGUCCGCGUCGGCUGGCGGUGGCCACCAGCCCAGCCAGAGCCGCGCCAUCCCCACGCGCACCGUGGCGAUCAGCGACGCAGCGCAGCUACCUCAGGACUACUGCACCACGCCCGGGGGGACGCUGUUCUCCACGACGCCGGGAGGAACCCGUAUCAUUUAUGACCGAAAAUUUCUGUUGGACCGCCGCAAUUCUCCCAUGGCACAGACCCCACCUUGCCAUCUGCCCAAUAUCCCUGGAGUCACCAGUCCUGGCGCCUUAAUCGAAGACUCCAGAGUGGAAGUGAACAACUUGAACAACCUGAACCAUCACGACAGGAAGCACGCCGUUGGGGAUGAGGCUCAGUUUGAGAUGGACAUCUGACUGCUGCAGUGUCGAAGGAGGCCUCGAUUAGCGGCCUGUGUGCACCUGACUGGGCCAGUAGGAACACAGUGUGCAGAGAAGCUCCAAUCCCCCUGCCCCCUCUGGGUGCCAAAUAAUGGGAGAUGUGCUCUAUCCAACCACAUCUUCCCCUGUCUCCUCCCCUCUGCCCAGUUAAGGUUAGGUUGAUGAAUAAGCCCAUGGAUUAUUCUGUGGAGCUGACCAGUCCACACAUGAAAGCCAUCCCUGUAGCUUCCCUGGUCAUUUCCCAAAAAUCUCCCUGCCCUCCUGAGACUUGCCCCAAGUCUAGGACAGUCUCCAGGCAACACCUCUGCUUGCAGGGCUUGGGGUGAAGGACAUUUAGUGCCCAUUGCUAUUCCUGGCUCUCUGUCCUUCCCUGCAGCCUACCGCUGAUGGAGCGCUGGGUGUGGGGGACGUCUGUCCUCCUCAGCACUGGAGCACAGCUCCUGUACCUCCUGCACCUCUGCUGCAUUCCUGGGACGUGUGACACCAACCUCCCCUUUUCUCUGGGAGGAAGGCUUCUGGCUUGUCUUAGGUGUGAUAGCUCAUCCCCCCAUUCCUUUACCUAAUUAAUUGGCACGGGUAUUUUUUUUUAAGCCCCUCCUGAAGUGAUCCCUUGGUGACCAGCUGGUCUUUACCUGUCUGACAUUCUUUCUACCUGCAUCCUGCAGGCAGUGUCUACCCAUGAGUUCUGUCUGCUCCCAGAGCAGAAGUGCCAACCCUGGCCUGCACCUAGUGGGUACAGCCUGGUCACAACGGUCCACCUGAGAAUACAUCCGGGGCCUCAGAAGAGGCCCCAGCCAUGGUGCAGUCAGCCUCGGGGGUCAUGGUCUUGAAACCUGGUGCACCUUAGUAGAUUGGGUGUCCUGCAGGUUACUAUACCUUGAGUUUAAAGUUGACUUCCUCUUACAUUUCUCCCCUACUUUGGAUUUGCUUUGUGCUUGGCUGCCGAGAGAGAAGCACAGGCUAAGACAGUACAUUCCUCCCGGGUCUCUUCGCUUUUCUCAUCAUCCAUCCUUCCCUCUCUCCUUAAACUCUUUUCCUUCUGGUUCUUCCACUGGGCCAUUUUCCAAAUCUACAUCAGAGAUGCCUCCCAUGUUGGUAUCUGAUAAUAUCUGUCUCUCCUUAUCAGAGGAGAGAGAACUUUUAUUUUUAAGAUGACUACAGACCUAUUUUUAGAUGAGUUUUCAGUACAAUUUUGAACUGCAACUUUUUUUAACAAAACAUCUUCCAGUGUUGGGAAGGUUAUUUUAAAAAGAAAAAAAAAAAUGUUUGUAGGCAAGUCCGCUGCUGUCACUGUCCUUUGUCUCCCAUAGCUCCUUCCUGUGCCCUCGAGUUUUGGGGGCUACCUGGAGUGUAGAAUGGGUGUUUUGUGAAACUGGACCAGUCUACCUUGCCAUGAGCUAUUGAAUAAAAUUCCUCUCCUCCUCCCCCCUCCUCCUCUUUCUCUUCUUCUCCUCUCUUCCUCCCCUGCAUCCCACUCUCCUGGUACUGUGGUCCACAUGGAGAUCCCAGGAGAGAGGCUUCUGACAGACAGGCUCAUCCAUCCAUCCUCCUAGAGAGACAGUGAAGCAGUUGGGGUGCCCUGGGAGUGUCUGGUUGUAUUGGAUGCCUGUAGUAAGCCCUCUCAGUAGACUUCAGGUCCCCAUUGGCUGGGAAAGAAAGCUGUUUGGUUUUCCUUUGAACCAUGGAAAGGCCCUCUUUUAUGAAGACUUUAGGAAAAAGAAAGGACAUGCUCAGACCUUGGUUCUGGUUUCUGCUACACAAUGUGAAUAGCUCGGAGUGCAACCUCUGUGACGGUCACUGUCUCAGGAAUAAGCUUGGGGGUCUCCAACGCUUGGGGGUUCUUGGAGUCUCCAAGGUGAUAAUCACAAGAGUUUUAUUUCUCUGUUAAAUGUAUCUUUUGUGUUUUUUAAUUAAACUCCAAAUUUCAUUUCCUUUGGAGUUUUGGAAAAACUUAAGCUGUGCUGUCUUUGGGCUAAGAAGCUUGUUUAGGACCUCAUUCGUACCCAGGAGCUUGAUUCUUCGGGAGCAAGGCUCAUGAUUCUUCACACACUUGGCGGUGCCUCCUGUGGACUCUGAAUCCUGCUGGAGUGAGGAGGUCGUGAGAGAAGAGCAUCAGCUUCCUCAGCUGUCUGCAGCAGACGGCUUCCUCCUGGGGUACCGCUGGGAAUGGAUCUGAGCCGUGGGCGCUGAGCAAGGAACUGUUUCCCUUUCUUGCCAUCUUGGGGAGUCUGCAUGUGCGCCUCCCCUCCCCUCAGUCAGUGGACAUGUUCUAGUAUUCUUUGGAGUGUCCCCUUCAUGGUGCAGGAGCCUUCCAGCCUUGCAUCCUCUGCCAGGAUCCCUCAUCUCCAGGUACAAGCCUUGUCUGAAGGCCGCAGCUACUCGUUCUUUGACCUCCGUAAAUCAGCAUUGUAAGAGAAUUGCACAAGACAAGAAAUAAGCUUC